AUGGCGUGGACCUCGUCACCGCCGACGAUAGAAGAUGGACACCAGGUAUCGCAUCACCACAUCGGAUCAGAUAACGCACUCAAAACAUUGUUUCAACUUCGUCAUUGUGCCAUGUCGGUGGCGCAGAGCGGCCCCAUGGCGAAGUUGAAGCGUACCUUAAACGGCACGCCGCCUGGUCAUAAUCGGCGGCCUUUCACCGUUACGUCGGUCCCGAAGCCGGGCCGGGCACGUCCGCUGCGCGCGCUCUCGCCGCCCGGUCUAGCCGGCGCCGGCUGGUGGCUGGCGCGUCUGGUGGCUGGUGGCGUGAUACUCGGAUUACACGGCUUGCCGGAGCGAAACGGAAAGCUGAAGGACUUGGCACAUUUCGAUGCUACUUUCUUUGGGGUGCAUCCGAAGCAGGCGCACCUACUAGAUCCGCAGCUGCGCCUGCUGUUGGAGUUGACACACGAGACCCUGGUAGACGCCGGCUACAACCCUGCGGAACUUCGCGGCUCGCGCACCGGUGUAUACGUCGGCGUUUCCAACUCCGAAACCGAAGAAAUGUGGACAUCGGACCCGGAUAAGAUCAACGGUUACGCGCUCACCGGAUGCUGUCGCGCCAUGUUCCCCAACAGAGUGUCCUACACGUUCGAUUUGAAGGGUCCAUCGUUCGCGGUGGAUACUGCGUGCUCCAGCUCCAUGUUCGCGCUGACGCAGGCUGCUGCGGCCAUCCGCGAGGGACACUGCGACGCCGCAAUCGUGGCCGGCACCAACCUCUGUCUCAAGCCCGCCACCUCGCUGAGCUUCCACCGCCUCAGCAUGCUGUCGCCGGAGGGGCGCUGCGCCGCGUUCGACGCGAGCGGGCGCGGCUACGUUCGCUCGGAGGCGGCGGUGGCCGUGCUGCUGCAGCGGCGCAGCGCCGCGCGCCGUCUGUACGCCACACUGCGCGGCGCGCGCAUCAACGUGGACGGCUACAAGGACCAGGGCAUCACGUUUCCUUCCGGUGACAUGCAGCGCCGACUCGCCGAGGAGACCUUUGCCGAGGCGCGCCUGCGGCCCAGCGACGUUGCGUAUGUCGAAGCUCACGGCACCGGCACCAAGGUGGGCGACCCGCAGGAGGUAAACGCUAUUGCAGAUUUCUUUUGUCCGGGGCGCAAGAGCCCGCUGCUACUGGGUUCGGUUAAGUCCAACAUGGGCCACUCGGAGCCGGCCUCCGGCCUGUGCUCAAUCGCUAAAGUUCUGGUGGCCAUGGAGCGCGGCGUCAUCCCCCAGAACCUACAUUACAAAACACCCAACCUCGAUAUUCCGGCGCUCAGUGACGGCAGGAUAAAGGUGGUGGAUCAAAACACGCCGUGGGAUGGUGGGCUGGUGGCUAUCAACUCGUUCGGGUUCGGCGGUGCCAACGCACACCUCAUUCUGGAAUCACAACGGGCGCCCGUCGCCCGCAGUACGAGCGCGAGCGGUCCGCCGCGCCUAGUCCUGGCAUCCGGCCGCCAUGAGGAGGCCGUGCGGCACUUGCUUUCUCUGGCCGCCACACACAAGGACAACGCCGACUUGCACGCGCUGAUGGACGCCAUCCACCGGCACAACGUCGUAGGCCAUCCAUAUCGCGGCUUUACCGUUCUCACCGACCCCCCUGUGGAGGAAUGUGUUGAAAUGGAAAGUGGCGAGCCGCGUCCUAUCUGGUUCGUCUUCUCCGGCAUGGGGUCUCAAUGGCCGGGCAUGGCGAGAACGCUCAUGCAACUACCGGUGUUCGCGGCUAGCAUAAACCGUUCGGCCGCAGCGCUACGGCCCUAUAAAAUCGAUCUCCUAAAUAUCGUCACCGAGGCCCCGAGCUCGGCGUUCGACGACGUCAUCAAUUCGUUCGUGUCCAUCGCCGCGGUGCAAGUGGCGCUGGUGGACGUACUCCGAGCCCUCGAGAUCCGUCCCGACGGUAUCGUGGGACACUCCGUGGGCGAGAUAGGUUGCGCGUACGCGGACGAAACCCUGACGGCGGAGCAGGCGGUGUUGGCGGCGUACUGGCGGGGCCGCAGCAUCGUGGACGCCAAGCUAUCCCCCGGUGCCAUGGCCGCAGUGGGCCUGUCGUGGGAGGAGUGCGAGGCGCGAUGCCCGCCCGACGUGGUGCCGGCGUGUCACAACGCCGCCGACAGCGUGACGGUGUCGGGCCCCGUGCCCUCCGUCGAAAAGUUCGUGGCGGAGCUGUCGAGCCAGGGCGUGUUCGCGCGUAGCGUCAACAGUUCCGGCGUGGCGUUCCACAGCAAGUACAUCGCUACCGCUGCGCCGCUGCUGCGCAAGAGCCUAGAGCGCGUCAUUCCCGAUCCCAAGCCGCGCAGCGAGCGCUGGAUCUCCUCCUCGCUGCCCAAGGACAAGUGGAACUCCGACAUCGCGAAGCUGAGCGACGCCAACUACCACGUGAACAACCUGCUGUCGCCGGUGCGCUUCGCGGACGCGCUGCGCGAGGUGCCCGCGCGCGCCGUGGUGGUGGAGGUGGCGCCGCACGCGCUGCUGCAGGCCGUGCUGAAGCGCGCGCUGCCCGCGCCGGGCGCCGCGCACGUGGCGCUGGUGCGGCGCGACGCGGCCGACGCGCUCGUGCACCUGCUGAGCGGCGUGGGGCGCCUGCACGCGGCGGGCGCGCAGCCGGCCGUGGCGCGCCUGUACCCGCCCGUGGCCUUCCCCGUGGCGCGCGGCACGCCGGGGCUGGCCUCGCACGUGCUGUGGGACCACUCGCAGGAGUGGGACGUGGCGCACUUCGGCGCGGCUCGCUCGGGCGAGAACGUCAUCGAGUACGACAUGUCGCGCGCCGACGACGCCUUCAUCGCCGGACACAACAUCGACGGCCGCGUGCUUUUCCCGGCCACCGGAUACCUGACUCUCGUGUGGAGGACGAUGGCAAAAUUAAACAACAGAAAGCCGGAGGACACGCCAAUAGUAUUGGAGCACGUGCAGUUCCGCCGCGCCACCAUCGUGUCGCGCGACGCUCCCGUUAGGUUCCUGAUAAACGUACUGGACGGCACCGGCGAGUUCGACGUGUGCGAGGGCGGCGCCGUCGUCGUCACGGGCUUCGUGCGACUCGCGGACGACCCGCGGGCCGAGCGCCUGAGCGACCUGGAACAGCCGCGCCCCGAGCCCGAGCCCGGCCUGCUGCCCCUCAACACCGACGACAUUUACAAGGAGUUGCGCCUGCGCGGCUAUAACUACGGCGGUAUUUUCCGCGGUAUCCGCUCGUCCGAUCCCCGCGGUACCGCCGGAGAGCUCGCCUGGGACGACAACUGGAUCUCCUUCAUGGAUACCAUGCUUCAGUUCGGCAUCAUCGGUGUGGACACGCGCGAACUAUAUCUCCCGACGCGGCUGCAGCGGGCGCUCAUCGAUCCGCAGGCGCAGUUGGCGGCGGUGGCCACGCUCGGCGAGGGCGAGCACGUGCCCGUGCGCAUGUUCCGGGACAUCGACGUCAUCAGCGCGGGCGGCAUCGAGCUGCGCGGCGUUAAGACCAGCCUGGCCCCGCGCCGCGCUAACGCACAGGCGGCGCCUACGCUCGAAAAGUACGUGUUCAUGCCGUACGAUAACGCCACCGUGGCCACAGAGGACACGUCGCGCUCCAAACGCGACGCCAUGACCGUGAGUCUACAGCUGGUACUGGAGAACACCGGUGCGCUCAAGCUAAAAGUGGCCGAGGCCGCGAUAGACCGCUCACCCGAGGCGCUGCUCACUCCGUUGGCUCUGCAGAUUCUGGACUCACAGCCGAUGGUGCGCGUGGACGCCACGCUCGCCGCGGGACCGACGCCGGCUCCCUACGCCGCCGUCGUUAAGGAUCUGGGCAUCAAAGUGGUGGCUAAGGACGCUCGCACGACGGUGGUGGAGACUGACUGUCAUCUGGUGAUGGCCGCCGACGUGCUCGCUCGCCACGGGGCCGGCGCGCUGAGCGCACUGGCGGGUUCGCUGGCCGCGGGAGGCAUGCUGCUUCUGGAGGAGCCGCACAAGGCUUUGGACGAGCGCGCCGCGCGUGACGCUCUCGACCGUGCCGGUCUGGCGCUGGUCUCGCGCCAGGUGGCCGCCAACUGCGAGUACCUGCUGCUGCGUCACCGCGUUCGCGUGCCCGAGCGCCACGUCGUAAUCGACGUGGCCGACGACACCGCCUUCGGAUGGGUGGACGCGUUACGCGAAGCCAUGGCGCUCGCCGAGAACGAAGAUAUGCGUCUGUACGUGGUAGCGCGCACCGCGCAUAGCGGGGUGCUGGGGCUAGCCACGUGUCUGAGAGGCGAGCCGGGCGGCCAUGCGCUGCGAGUGUACUACCUGCCUAACGCCAAGGAACCCUUCAGCCCCUCGGCGGCUCCGUACGCGGAGCAAGCGGCUCGGGACCUGGCCGUGAACGUGCUGCGCUCUCGUGUAUGGGGUAGCUACCGCCACAUGCCGUUAAGCGAUGCGGGCGCGGCCCAGCUGCAGGUGGAGCACGCGUACGUAAACACGCUGACGCGCGGCGACCUGGCGUCGCUGCGCUGGAUCGAGGCGCCGCUGCGCUACGCGCGCGAGCGCGACCUGCCGCCGCGCACGGACCUGUGCAGCGUGUACUGCGCGCCGCUCAACUUCCGCGACAUCAUGCUGGCCACCGGCAAGCUGCCGCCCGACGCGCUGCCCGGCAACCUCGCCGGACAGGAGUGUAUUCUCGGCCUGGAGUUCAGCGGUCGCGCGUCAAACGGGCGUCGCGUGAUGGGUAUGGUAGCCGCGUGCGGGCUGGCCAGCACGGUGCUGGCGGACGAGGGCUUUCUGUGGGACGUACCGGCCGAGUGGUCGCUGGAGGAGGCCUCCACCGUGCCAGUGGCGUACUCCACGGCCUACUACGCGCUAGCGGUGCGCGGGCGCAUGCGACGCGGUGAAUCGGUGCUGGUGCACGCGGGCACGGGCGGCGUAGGGCAGGCCGCCAUUAGCAUCGCGUUGGCCGCGGGCUGCACUGUGUUCACGACCGUGGGUACUCCCGACAAGCGCGCAUUCCUGCGCGAACGCUUCCCCCGACUGGCGCCUGAAAACAUCGGCAACUCGCGUGACACCUCCUUCGAGCAGCUCGUCAAGCGCCGCACCCGGGGCCGCGGCGUGGACCUCGUGCUCAACUCGCUCGCCGCCGACAAGCUGCACGCCUCCGUGCGCUGCCUGGCCGAGGGCGGACGCUUCCUGGAGAUCGGCAAGCUCGACCUGUCCAACGACACCGCUCUGGGUAUGUCGAUCUUUUUGAAGAACACCACCUUCCACGGUAUCCUGUUGGAUGCUCUGUUCGACGCCGGUGACGACAACAGCGAGAAGAAAGAAGUGGUCCGCUGCGUCACAGAGGGGAUGAAGAGCGGCGCCGUCAGGCCUCUACCGGCCACCGUCUUCUCGGAUCAUCAGCUCGAGCAGGCUUUCAGGUAUAUGGCGACGGGCAAGCACAUCGGUAAAGUGGUGCUGCGCGUGCGCGACGAGGAGGCUGCUGGCGCUCGACCCGGCGCGAAACUCGUGUCCGCGAUCCCCCGCACCUACAUGCAUCCGGCCAAGUCCUACGUGCUCGUCGGCGGUCUCGGAGGCUUCGGUCUAGAAUUGGCUCAGUGGAUGGUGAAGCGCGGCGCGACUAAGAUCCUGCUGAACUCUCGCAGCGGCGUGCGGACCGGCUACCAGGCGUGGUGCAUCCGCAGGUGGCGCGAGGCGGGCGUGGCGGUGGGCGUGUCCACGGCCGACUGCACGUCGCCGGGCGGCGCACGCGCACUGCUGCGCGAGGCGGCGGCGCUGGGGCCCGUGGGCGGCGUCUUCAACCUCGCCGCGGUGCUGCGCGACGCCUUCCUCGACAAGCAGACCGCCGCGGACUUCCAGGCCGUCGGCAAACCCAAGAUCGACGGUACGAAAAUGUUGGACGCGGCGACGCGCGAACUGGCUCCGGAGUUGGAGUACUUCGUGGCCUUCUCGUCGGUGUCCUGCGGCCGCGGCAACCCCGGCCAGAGCAACUACGGCCUCGCCAACUCCGUCAUGGAGCGCAUCUGCGAGCAGCGGCAAGCCGACGGCCUGCCCGGCCUCGCCGUGCAGUGGGGAGCCAUAGGUGAAGUGGGGCUGAUCGUGGACACGAUGGGCGGGGACGAGACGGUGGUGGGCGGCACGGUGCCGCAGCGCAUCUCGUCGUGCAUGGAGGCGCUGGGCGCGCUGCUGGCGCUGCCGCACGCGGUGGGCGCGUCGCUGGUGCUGGCCGACAAGCGCCGAGCGGCCGCCGCGCCCACGCAGGACCUCGUGCACGCCGUCGCCAACAUCCUCGGUAUUAAGGACCCAAGCAAAGUAUCAGACUCGGCCAACCUCGCGGAGUUGGGCAUGGACUCGUUGAUGGGCGCCGAGAUCAAGCAGACAUUGGAACGAGGGUACGACGUGGUGCUCGGAGUGGGAGAGAUCAGGGCGUUGACGUUUGCGAAAUUGCGUGGCAUGGCCGGCGGGGAGGAGAGCGCCCCCUCUACCGAAGUUCCCGCCACCGACGCUCCCACGGAUCUGGUGCAGUUCGCGACCGUAGGAGAGCUCGUGCCUAAGCAGGUGAUCGUCAAGCUGCCCAGCGCCGCGAAGGCCGACGCCAACAUAAAACCCGUAUUUAUGGUGCACCCCAUCGAGGGCGUGGUGGAGCUGCUGCGCGGCGUGGCGGGCGGCGUGCGCGCGCCCGUGUACGGGCUGCAGUGCACGGCGGGCGCGCCGCUGGGCAGCAUGGCCGAGCUGGCCGCCUUCUACGUCACGCACGUGCGCUCGCUGCAGCCGCAGCCGCCCUACACGCUCAUGGGCUACUCGUUCGGCGCGGGCGUCGCCUUCGAGAUGGCGCUGCAGCUCGAGAAGGCGGGCUGCGAGACGCGGCUGGUGCUGGUGGACGGCUCGCCGGCCUACCUCGCCACGCACACCACGCGCGGCAAGAAGAAGCGCGCCACGCGCACUCAGACCACCGACGAGGCCGACGCGCUCGCCUACUUCGUGCAGCUGUUCAAGGAGCUCGACCCGGCCAAGGUGUCGGCGGAGCUGGAGCGCCUGCCCAGCUGGGAGGCGCGCCUGGCGCGCACCACGGCGCUCGUGGGCGAGGCGGCGGGAGCGCACGCGCCCGACCUGGGCGCGGCCGCCGAGGCCUUCUACCGCAAGCUCGUGGUGGCCGACUCGUACCGGCCCGAGGCCCGCCUGCGCGCGCCCGUGGCGCUGUUCACGGCGCGCGACAACUACGUGACGCUGGGCGAGGACUACGGGCUGCGCGAGGUGUGCGCGGGCGCGCUGAGCACGCGCCAGCUGGCCGGCACGCACCGCAGCAUCCUGGCGGGCGACGCGGCCGCCGCCAUCGCCGCGCACCUGUCGGCGCUGCAGGCGCAGUAG